UACCAGGCAAGCUUAGAUUUGAGUUCCUUCUUCUCUCAUUUUCUGCAGCAUGCUCAUGGCACCAAUGGGAUCUCGUCUUUUAGCCAUCCUUGUUUCUCUUGCUGUAGCACUGGUGGCAAGCCAUGCUGUUCUCUCACCUGAGGUCUACUGGAAAACUGUGCUGCCAAAUACCCCUAUGCCAAAAGUUGUCACAGAUCUCCUACACCCUGAGUUAACUGAAGAGAAAAGCACUUCCGUCAAUGUUGGAAAGGGAGGUGUAAAUGUCAAUACAGGAAAGCCUAAGCCUGGAGGCACUUCUGUCAAUGUUGGAAAGGGUGGAGUGAAUGUUAAUACUGGUAAAGGAAAGCCCAGAGAUGGAGGUACUAGUGUGAAUGUUGGAGGCAAAGGCGGGGGAGUAUCCGUAGGAGCAGGAGGCAAGGGCAAGGGCAAGUCCGUGCACGUUUCAGUAGGGAAGAGCCCAUUUGAUUACAAUUAUGCUGCCACUGAGACACAACUCCAAGAAGACCCAAAUGUAGCCCUUUUCUUCUUGGAAAAGGAUUUGUAUCCUGGAAAAGCCAUGAAGCUGUAUUUCCCUCAAAAUAGAGAAACAGCAACCUUCAUACCACGUCAGGUUGCAGAAAAAAUACCUUUUUCGUCUGAAAAGUUCCCAAAAAUCUUGGAGCAGUUUUCCGUGAAACCUGGAUCAGAGGAAGCUGAGAUCAUGAGGAACACAAUCCAGGAGUGUGAACAACCCCAGAUUCAAGGUGAGGACAAGUAUUGUGCAAGUUCGCUAGAGUCCAUGAUUGACUACAGCACUUCCAAACUCUGGAGAAAUGUCCAGGCAAUCUCUACAGAAGUGGAAAAACAAACACAGAUGAAAGAGUACACAAUUGAAGCUGGUGUAAAGAAAACGGAAGGUGACAAGGCGGUAGUUUGCCACAAGCAGAAUUAUGCAUAUGCCGUCUUCUACUGCCAUGAAUCAGAAACUACAAGGGCUUACAUGGUUCCUCUAAAGGGUGCUGAUGGAACAAAAGUAAAAGCAGUAGCAGUAUGCCACACAGAUACAUCAAAAUGGAACCCCAAACAUUUGGCUUUUCAGGUCCUUAAAGUUAAGCCCGGAACCGUUCCUGUCUGCCAUUUCCUUCCUCAGGAUCACAUUGUCUGGGUUCCUAAGUAGAAAGCCUGCAGAAUAUAUCAGUUCCUUAGUUUAUAAUAAUGUACCUAAACUUGCGUCAUGAUAUAUGUUUGGUUAUAUAUGCACUUAAUAACGUCUUAUGUAUUCAGAACAGUAUUAUGGUUGGAUGUUGGAUUGAAUCUACUAGAAUUUCAUAUUUCCUAAUGAAAACUGCAUAAGAAACGCAGAAAAUAGCC